CAAGGUUCUCUACCUAGGGAUCUCCGACACGCCUGCAUGGGUUGGUCGCUCAAGCCAAUCAGUACGUUCGAGAUCGGAGAAAGACACCGUUUGUGAUAUAUCGAGGUCACUGGAAUGCCAUGGACCGGUCCUUCGAACGUGAGAUUAUUCCGAUGGCUCGAUCUUUGGGUAUGUAUGCGCCCUUCCUGGACCAUAUUCAUACCCUAAAUGAUGGGCAGGUCUCGCACUUGCUCCGUGAGAUGUCCUGUGCGGCGGGCGAGAAGGGCCGAGCAAAUAUGAUGACGCAGAGCUUGGAACGCAUCGAAGAGGAAAAGGCCAUGUGCAAGGCGCUGGAAAAGGUUACUUGCGAGUCGGCGCCAAGAACGCCAUUGCUGUGUUUAGCGCCACUGACAUUGCCACUCUCUGACCGUACGUCUUCCCCACCACCGGUGGUAGGAAGGGCGAGCACUUGAAAGCCAAUAUUGAGGCAUUGGACAUCACCUCUAGAGAAGAAAAUAUUGCCUUGCACGUCCAUUUGAUCCUGGAUUCCUCUCAAUUCAACAACUUCAUCGAUAAGGAGAAUACGCAUCGACGACGAAUGAUAAAGGGAAAAUGUCGGCGUUCCCUACAAUAAGCAAGGUA